AUGAGCUCAAAACCUUCCGCUUCCACGGCUGGUUCUAAUUGGGAGUCGUUGAAAAAGGUAAACCAAUAUUAUGUUAGGGUUUUUACUCUUUUUAGGAGCUGAAAAAUGAGAAGAAGACGGGGAAGAUCCAAUUCAAGACUAUAAAGAAGGAGAAGAAGGUGGCUCAUAAGGUGAAUCGAUUCAAAGAAGCCCAUUCCCAAGCCGUCCAGUCGUUGAAGGGGUAAUCUUUUAUUUUUGUAUUUUUUGCUAAUUUAGGUAUAACUUGAAGUGGCGAUACUUUAGUAUAAGCGAUAUUAAGUCUUCCGCUUGCUGUUGAGAUCUUCCUUUGUUGGAUUGUCGAUGGUUUCACAUUAAAUUUACAUUGUUUUAUAUUUUAGUGGAGAUGCCAAUGCGAUAACUGAUGUCUUGGCGAUUGAUUGCGAAUAUGUUGGAGUUGGUUUUAAUGGCAACAUCGAUCAUCUUGCAAGGGUGUCGAUAGUCAAUUCGGAGGGUAAAGUGGUCUAUGACAAAUAUGUGAAACCACGCGAGGAAGUUACCGAUUAUCGAACACAUGUUAGUGGAAUUCGUCCCGGACAUCUCGUAAAUGGCAAGUUUUUUCAAUUAUUGUUCUGUUUUUAGGUUGUUAUCAGCUUAUUUAACCAGCUAUAUCAUCAAUUAUACGGAAGGUUUGAUGAAAAUAACCGCUUUUGAAUUCCAGGCCUUCCAUUCAAUCAAGUGCAACAAGAAGUGAAUAAGUUGCUGACCAACAAGACUGUUGUGGGUCAUGGAUUGUGCAAUGACUUCCGAGUGAUGAAUUUGUCACAUCCCAUGCGAUUAACACGUGAUUCGUCUACUUGGAAACCGUUGAGAAAGAUGAUAAACUACACCGGUAAACCCUCGCUAAAAGUUUUGGCGGAGAAAUUGUUGAACAUUAAGAUUCAAGAAGGAGAGCACGAUUCUGUGAUUGACGCUAGAACAGCAUUACGGUGGGUAGUUUACUUGACUUUCGAUUUGAAAAUCAAUUUUUUUUUUUGCUUUUUUUGUCAUGAGUAAUAUAAAAAUUUUUGUGUUUUUAGGAUAUACCAACUGCAUAAAAAGAAGUGGGACGCGGACAUAAAACAAAUGAAGAAGUAG